GUGAAAAGCAUAUUAGGUUAUCCAUUGCAUUUGUACAUAUGCCUUUGCGGAAUCAGACAGGCAGAGCUGAGAAGCAGCUUUCACAGUGAUCAACUGUGGUCCAUGUGCGUUGCCUCCUGCAAUUCACUUGAAAGAUUGUAACUUCUGACAAGAGCAAGAUCAAAUAUUCAUGAAUACUCCGAUUUUACGUUGAAAGGUGAAGAUUGAUUUAGGUGGAUGCUAUUCUAACUGCAGUAUGUAGCUUUGAAGAUCUACAUACAAACUACCAUGAACAGCUCCAGCGUGAGUUGUGGGAGUCCAAGCACUGGGAGCACAACUGACACUACUGUAGAUUUAUUUAAGGAUGUUUGGACCAAACUGAAAGAAUGUCAUGACAACGAAGUGCAAGUGCUGCAAGUAAAAGUAACCAAACUAAAGAAGGAGAGAUGUUUAGAUGCUCAAAGACUUGAAGAGUACUACAAUAAAAACCAACAGUUAAGGGAGCAACAGAAAGCAUUACAUGACAACAUUAAAGUUUUGGAAGACAGGUUGCGAGCAGGUUUGUGUGACAGGUGUGCGGUUACUGAAGAACAUAUGAAGAAGAAACAGCAGGAAUUUGAGAAUAUUCGACAGCAGAAUCUAAAACUUAUUACAGAACUUAUGAAUGAAAAGAGCAAUCUUCAGGAAGAAAAUAAAAAGCUCAGUGAUCAACUUGAAUCACUUAAACGUCAGAAGAAAGAAAAACUACAUGAAGCAGUAGGUGCAGUAGAUCAUGAUGAUGGAAUAAUUCCAGGUUCUCCGAUUUUAUCCUUUUCCACCUCCGUGCUUAGCAGAAUGCGAAGGAGAAAGGAGAAGAGCCAUAUUCGCUAUGUGGAACAUACAAGUAUAGAGCCUGCAAAGCUGCCGAUUAAUGAGAAAUGUAAAAUGCUGUUAGGAUUCUCCUCUGGUGUGACCCACUGUAAACAGGAUGAAGAAAUCUUAGCAGCAGAUACCUGUGAUCUUGGUACAUUGUCAAUAGAAACCACAAAACAACCAGCAGAACAGUCAACCACACAACAGAAUAGCAUUAAUCUAGCUGCUGUUGUAGCAGAAACAUUAGGCCUUGGAAUUAAGGAGGAACCUGACUCGCAAAGUCUUCUGAAUUCAUGUCAGGACUUUCCCAAGACCACAAAAAUUCCACUGGAAAAGGAUGUGAAUCAGGCAAAUUCAGACCAUUUAAGUGACUGUGGCUCUGGGGUUUCAUGUGCAUCAGAAGCAGAUGAAAAGUCUCGGAGCUGGGUUCGUUCUCCUGUAUUUGGAGGUUCUGCCAAAGGUUCCUCUGAUUUUGAAGCAAAAAUCAAUCCAUUCCUUGAGCAAUCCAAACUGGGUGGACCAAAAAUGCCAAAAAAGCUCAUUGAAAUUAAGACUGAUGCUGCCUACCCAUCCCCAUGCACCAGGGUGGCAAAAAGAAAAAAAAUGGAAGAUGAGGAUGAUUCUGCCACUAAUUGUGAAAAGCCUUCAUUUAAUAAAGAAAAUCUUCCGUCAACAGGUGUUUCUCUGGACGAUAAUGUUGACAAGCCUUUGGACUUAUCUGAUCAUGUUUCUAGUGGCCGAUUGGAAGAUAGAAGUUAUGGAAAAGAUGCAGUGGAUAAUAAAUCAAUUAAAGUUGCUCUGCCAGAAUCCCUAAAAAUAAAUUUAAAGGCCAUCAAUCUCAGAAGAGCCUGCAAUGGAUUAACCAAGGAUUCUCAAGGUGGUGCUGCUUUUCUACAAGAAACCUUUGUGGCAUCACAUUCUGAUAGAUUUCAGGAUACUAAAGAGAAAAUUGUUAAAAACGGAGGAGAUGGAGGCUUGUCUGAUAACAGAAAACCUGGUAACUCUGCUCAGAAUGAACAAGGCUUUAGUAACUCGAAGGAUUUUGAAGUCAAAACUUCCAAAAGGAAAAAUUCAGAAACUACAUCCAAGGAGUCUACCUCGGUGCUUCAGCCAAAUCCCUGUGCAACUGUUACACUGUGUAUAAAUGACAACAAAACUGCAAGAAAACCUGAAAACAUUCAGUGGAGCAUAGAUCCAGAAGUAGAUCUCUCCGAUUGUAAGAUGGACACUUUAGAACUGGAAUUGAAGCCCAGCAGACAACUGGGGACAGAUACAUCAGAUAUAGAUUGCACUUUCGUGAGUGAAAGCAUGUUGUUGAAAGCAAAAAAAACAAGAACAGACCUGACCACUGAUCACUGCAAGAGUUUUUAUUGCCAACUUCCUUUUUUGGCUCAAGCAGGGAGACACACCUUGAAUGACAGCCUCUCUGAAAUUUUUGACCGCACUGCUUAUGGAGAAUAUGAAUCAUAUCCCCAAGAUAAAAGUCCCCAGAAAGAACGUGAAGAUGUUUUUCAAGAAGAACCAGAGAAAGUAAAAAGUGAAUCUUCUCUGCAGCCUUAUUUAAACUCCGGGCAGAGAAAAAAUACAGUUUUAAACUUUCCUCACAUUGAGGUGGUCCGUAACAAGGAAGAAAGAAGAAAGUUGCAAGGGCACACAUGCAAGGAAUGUGAAGUAUAUUAUGCAGAUCUUCCAGAAGAAGAGAGACUGAAAAAGUUGGCAAAUUGUUCCAGACAUAGAUUCCGGUACAUCCCCCCAAACACACCAGAGAAUUUCUGGGAGGUGGGGUUUCCUUCCACCCAAACCUGCGUUGAUAGAGGUUAUAUUAAGGAAGAGAGCACACCUUGCCAGCGACCGAGACGAAGACGACCUUAUAAUCCAACAUUUUUACUGAAGGACAAAGAACAGAAUUUAACUUAACCAUCCCAGUAAAAGGCAACAGCAGAAAACAAAAAAAAUCUACACUAAAGAAUGUAUCUUGAACGUCAAACCUUAUAGCCCAAAAGACAAGUUUAUUGUAGCAGUUGGUUAGAUUUAAAUUGUUUUUCUACAGGUAUUAUUUAAAUUAUGAUUUUCACCUGGAUAUUAGGUGAAAGCUUUUACAUUUGCACACCAUGCAUAAGGUUUGGUGCUAUUUAUUGCACUGAAUGAUAGCGCUGGAUAAUUAUGCCCUUAAAUUUGUAAAACCACUAUGUAAUUGUAAAUAAUAAGCUGAACUUUUGGAAAUUUGAUAAUGAGUAAGAUUAGAGUGAUGAAAGUCUGAGCAAUGUAAUAGCUCAUCAACAUUGACCAAAUGAAAAGCCGGCAUGGUUUUGAGCACCUGUUCAUUCAUAGAAUAAAUCUUUUUGCAAAAAGCAAGGUAUGUAAGUUCUAUAAUAGUUAAGCCAGAGGACUGAUACUGUGCAAGUUAUUCACGGAGAAGACUGCAGUUCCUGACCUAGUCCUUGGAUUGGCCUGAGUUGGCUAUUAGAUAACAUGGUUGUGUCAAGCUCACGUCUUUUUGGCUUCGUACCUGCCUCCAUGUCAUGAUGACAGUGGACAUGCAGCCACAUUCCUAUUCUUAUUAACAAUGCAGUUCAUCUUGCUAGAAAGUAGUCUUUCUUGGGCGUCUUCUGAAAUGAAUACUGGCUCAGCUGUGAGAAAUGUCACACCAGUCUUGACUGUUACUUGGAGAAGACAAGGGCGGUCGGCCUCUGUCCCACGGGCUAGUGUUGUCACCAGUGGAGGAGAUAUAAAAAGAGUGAUAGCAGAGUGGGAAAUUUGCCGACAUCAAGAGGGAGCUGGUGAUUGAUCAGUCAGUAGAUAAGGAGGCAAAACUUACGGUUAAUAUUAAUAUUCAUGCUACUCUCUAAUACUGUUUAAAAGGUUUAACACAUGACUUAAGCAGGCACUUAAAUGUAAUGCUGAGAUGUAAUAGAUUAAACAUCAUUAAAGGUAGAAUUUUUCAAAAGAAGUAUUAGACUGAGGGCCUCCAAAUCUGUUCUGUAUUAUUCCGGUGUAUGCUGAAGUCCCAUGAUUCCACUUGGAAAAGAACAUUCCCAACAAAGAGUCAUUCCCAUUCAGUAUUCUGCUAUAUGUUCAAAUCUUAUUGUGCAAACUGGGUGCAAUGUUAACUGAGCUCCUGUAGUUUGAAGUUUGUGAAGCAUUUGAAGGGUGAUGAUGCACUGAAUAAGACCAUCUCUGUAUUUUUCAUGUUUCACAAGUUGAGUGUCAAGUACUGCAACUCUCAGCAUCCUAGACAGAAUAUAGUAUGUUUAGGAUAUUUUCCCAUGUGGCCCUGGAGGUAAGUAAUAGAUACCUUCACCUUGGUAAUUAACAUUGAAAGUGACACAUUGCAUCUAGCUCUCCAGAGUAGCAAUGCUUUUUCUCUAAGAAAGCACCAGGGAUGUUUGGUUACUAAGUACAUUUAUACAGAAACAAGUGAAUAUAAUGCUUAAUACUUUCUGUAAAAUACCAAUGAUUCAGCUUAUAAGUAUAUUUAAUUAAAAAGAUUGAGAUCUCAUAGCAGCACAAACAAAUUUUAUCCAUUACUGAUUUAUAUGUCUAAGCCAGUGCAAAGUGUAAUUUCUUUUAAAUGUAGUACCAUUUCAUCUGCCCCUAUAGUGUGGAGCCACAAAGAAUUGGUGUAAAGAACUUACAGUGGCAUUGAGAUGUUCUAAACACAAUUUGAUUUAAUUAGAUCAGGUUCAAUAUUUGUGUCAUUUGUGGUGGUUACAUUUUGAACUGGAUUUGAAUCCUAGAUAAAAUGAUUUAACCAUAUCAGGCAAAGCUUUUGGUUUCAAUGUAUCCAGCGGACCACCCUGAUGAGUUGCAAUUUUGCACAGAAAUGAAUCCAAAGAAAUUAGUUUAGCGAUAGAAGAAUUAACAAAAGUUCAGUCUUCUAUGCAAAUUCCACACAGCUUUCUGUUAAAACUCGUGUCGCACAUAGGAAAUUCCAUGACCAUGUGGGUUUGCUGUGGAUUCCCUGGUUUCCUCCCACAUUCCAAAGACACAUAUGAUUAGCAGGUUGAAAUUGGGCAGUGUAGACUUGUUAGGCUGGAAGGGCCUGUAUCACUAAAAGCAAAUUUAUUCUAACUGUAGACUGCGAGUUGAACAGGAAUGUAGGUAAGGUUGGAAAAUAAUGGGCCAAGGGAACUGGAGGGAGGAAGGUCAAGGGUGGAGAGAUAUGAUGCAAUAGAUUAUAUCAUGGAUAGAACAAGAAAACCAUCUUAUUUAAGAGUGCACAAAACAAAGCACCUUAACUGGGAUUAUAAUGUGGGGCUUUGCAAAAAUCAAGGGUUUUAAUGAUGGAACAUGAGAAAUAUUACUAGUCUUUAACUUUCUCAUCAUUAACUGGAGAAAUUGCAAGUGCAUUUGGCAGGGGAGUAAAGCAUAGUGUUUGUGUAUGUGGGCCUCCAGCAGCAGUUACAAUGAGAUGUGAGAGAUAUUCCUUGCAUGUUAAUUUCAGGGAAAGUCCUGGGGAAAGGGCCACAGAACUGGAGUGAACAUGGGAACUGGCUUUGACAGGACAAAUUGGAUGUGCUAGGAAGCUUCCUGGUAGCUCCUUACCCACCUUACUCCCUACAGUAGCUGCCUCUACUCACUUCUCUGUAUUAUUCUCUUCCUACACGCCCUUCACCCUCUCAAUCUCAACUCCACAGUUUUGCCAAUUCAUUUAGAUCUGUUUUUAGAAUCCUCGGCCCUCCAUUCCACCCUGCAUUUCUGCAACUGCUUGUGGUAUUCAUCCGUAUAUUCAUCCCUGCAAUACACACAAAACACUGGAGGAACUCCACAGACCAGUCAGCAUCUAUGGAAAAGAGUACAGUUGGCGUUUCGGGCUGAGGCCCUUCAGCAGGAAUCUCGGCCAAAACGUCAACUAGACUCUUCCAUAGAUGCCGCCUGGCCUGCUUAAUUCCUCCUGUGUUUUGUGCUCGGAUUUCCACAUCUGCAGAUUUAUUUUUCUGGGAUUACUCACUCCUGCAUUUUGUUUUUGUAAAGGCAUAAACAAUAGUACUUGUUGCUUUAGCAAGAUGUAAAAUUGUGCAGAUUAACUUUCAGGCACUGCAGUGUUGAGAUGAAACUUAAAAAGUUGGAGACAAUUAACAGUUGGUGCGCCACCUGGUGAAGCAUUGUAAAACUACAUCUAAAGAUAAAUAGUUGUGCAGUAUUAAUGUGCAAAAGCUAAGAAUCCUGCAAAUAAAGUAAAAAGAAAAAUUCCAGGAGACACUGUUAGCAGCACCAGUUAAGAGAGAAAAACUGUUAACAUGUCAACUUGAUGACCUUUCUGUUUUUUUUUAUUUCUCAAGAAAUUAUUUACACAGCAAUGGUAAUUCUCUUAUUCUUGACAAUCCCAGCACAGGGAAGAGUGUGUCCUUUUGGAACUGAUUCCUGGUUUCAAUCUGGUAUUUGAUAUUUCUGCUGUCCAGAGGCAGAACAGAACAAUGUCUCACUGCUUUACUGCCAGGCAGGAGUCGUUCAGCUUCCCUAGUAUUUGCAAAUGAUACUGAUUGUAACUUCAAAACAUUAAACUAUUUCAAAGGAAAACAGGGGAGUCCAAAAUGAGAGUCUAACUUCAUAUUUAAGCCCAUGUAGCACGUGGUAGUGUGAUGACAUGUGAAAGUCACUUAUUUUACAUAUUACUCAACCAAUUAAACAACGAGUGCUUACUGGACAACACAUUUACAAGACUGUAAAAACAAAAGUUACUAUACAAAAAAUAAACAGUACAAAAGAGGAGGAGCAAGAUGGUGAUCAUGGGCCAUUCUGAAAUCUGAUGGUGGAGGGGAAGAAGCUAGUACUAAAAUUAAUGUGUGUAUAUUCUGGCUCCUGUACCACUGACUCGAUAGUAGUAAUGGUGAGGAUCCUUAAUGAUGUACGCUGCCUUUUGAAGAUUCCCUUGAUAAUUUGUGUAGUAGUAUUUGUAUUUACUGAACAUAUUCAUUUUCACAGCUACUUCAUCAGUCUGUAAGUUAUUAAUUGUCAAAUUCUGGC